AUGGCCACGAAGCCGGCAGUAGUAAUCGUCCCAGGAGCAUGGCACGUCCCAGACCACUACGAACCCUUCGCCAAACGCCUUCGCACAGCAGGCUACGAAACCGUCAUCGUCCGCAACCCAUCCGUCAGCGUCUCGCGCGACCCGGGAAACAUGCUGCGCAAAGACGCCAUGGUGACCUGCGACGUGAUGAAGAAACUCGUCAACGACGAGACUAAGGAUGUUGUGAUCAUUAUGCACAGCUACGGUGGCGUGUCUGGUUCUGAUGCCGCUGCUAUGCUGUGUGAAUGGCUGGGGACUUAUGGCCAGCCGGACCAUGGAAGGGUGCGGAGGAUGGUGUAUUUGGCGGCGCAUGUGUUGGAGAAGGGGGAGCCGAUGUUGGGGACGGGGAGGGUGAUUAAUCAUUUGGAUGUUAAUGAGAAAGGCAUGAUGGUCCACCAGAAACCGUACGAGCGCUACUACGCCGAUAUCUCAGAACAAGAAGCGCAAGCACCGCUGGAUCUGACGGUGCCGAUGGCAUAUUCCGCUUUCACCACCCCGACGACUUAUGCUGGGUGGAGGGACUACGGCAUUCCUUGUACGUAUAUCAAAUGUCUCAAGGAUAAUGCUGUGCCGGUCGAGAUGUGCGAUAAGUACAUUGCGAGGCUGCGAGAGGGUGGUGUGGAUUUGAAGGUGGAGGAGCUGGAUGUUGGGCACUCGCCGUUUUGGAUUGAUCCUGAUGGAUUGAUGGAGUUGAUUGUGAGGGUUAUCGAGUGA